AUGUCUUGCUACAGCGAGUCCUACAGACCCUGUGGGGUGACCUGCCCUCAGCCAAAUGCCGAGACCUACAAUGAGCUGUGUGUGCAGCAAUGCCCCGACUCCAGAGCAGUGAUUCUCCCACCACCAGCUGUGGUGACAGUCCCAGGACCCAUACUCAGCUCUUUUCCUCAGGAGAGUGUUGUGGGAUCAUCAGGCCCAGCCUGCUCCUUUGGUUUGGGGGGCUAUGGGAGCUCUCUGGGCUAUGGGGGCUCCUUUGGCUAUGGGGGCUCCCGGGGCUAUGGCAGCUCCUUUGGUUUGGGGGGCUAUGGGAGCUCUCUGGGCUAUGGGGGCUCCUUUGGCUAUGGGGGCUCCCGGGGCUAUGGCAGCUCCUUUGGUUAUGGAGAUGACAUGGGCUACGGGGGCUCCCUGGGCUAUGGGGGCCAAUAUGGGUCCAGCAGCUUUGGCAACUGCGGGAGGUCCUACAGCUCUGGCUUCUCCUCCUGUGGCACGGGAUAUUACCUCCCUGGUGCCCAGAGGUGGGGCAGGUCCCGCCGUGGAAGCUGUGGGUCUUUCUAA